AAACUCUUAGAACUAGUGUAUAUGUAUAUAUUUUGCCGGAUAUAAAAAGACAUUUCAAGAUUUUAUUAUUCCAUUCAUCUAAAAAGAAAGUCUCAUAACAUAUGUACCUACUGUGUAAUAUGUGCCCACAAACGUAACGGUAAGAUCCACACUGAUGUUAGGUCACGUGUUGAUAACGUGCAUGGAAAUCCACCACCGACGUCACAUUGAGUUAGACUUUGCACCCCAUUGCUGAGUAUGACGGGGGAAGCAUAAUUCGUAAAAGCAAAUGAUGUAACUAACAUAGUUUUAUGCUGCAGCAUAUUCACUACGACAUAGAUUCGGUAUGUAUCUAGCUUGUGGUGUUCUAUGUUAUUCUGUUAUUGUGUGCGUCUAAUCAUGGUGAAAUGGGUAAAAGUACACCUCAAAACAGAGUGCAACUUAAAAGACAGUACCGAAUAUAGCAAGCAGUGGCAAAAAAUCGAAUCAUCAUUAAGUAAUUAAACUGAUGCUGGAAUAGAAGGAAAGCCUGUGAAUUGAAUUUGCGUUGGACUAAAGCGGCAAAAAGGGCAAAUGUUAAAAGGCGUUCUUAAACAAGCUGAUAGUAAAAAGUGAUACUGCGGUUUUAAUCGUCCUAUGGUUUGUUUUUAAUACUAUACGUCAGCAUACCUCCUGAUGUGGAACAGGACAGGACUACAGACAGUCUCGUUCAAGUGCAACUGUAAACAGGUCGUACCAGUGCGAUUACGGAGCACAUAAUAGGCGCCAUGGGAGUGCAGUAGCCAGUUCAACUAUGGGAUGCCAAAAAGUGUAAAAGUUUAGAAAAAGAAUCAUAUUAGUUUAUUCAGAAUACUCCAGAGUUUAGUGAUAUUAAAGAUGUCACAAGUCAUGCGAUACGAUGUGUUGGAAACGAUCCCGAAGAAAGAAAUUGUGAAGCUCUAUCUGCGUUGCUUGAUAGCAAACCUGAUUCUUUUGGUAAAAUGGCUGUUUGAGUGCAUUAAAUGUAAAGUGAACAAAACCACCAUCAUGCGGAAGGCCAUUGAGCAGGUCGAGUUUCCGAGCAAGCAGCCGAACUUUAUGACUGAAACCAAGAUGGGACGGCACUCAUAUGUUAAACUUGAGAAAACGAAGUUUCACUAUGUGGAAGCAGGGAACCGCAGUAAUUCGACAGUUUUGCUUCUUCACGGGUUUCCCGAUUGUUGGCUAGGGUGGCGGUACCAGAUUUCUGAAUUGUCACAGUACUUUCACGUGAUAGCUCUAGAUCUGAAGGGAUUCAAUGAUUCUGACAAACCGCUGUGGCGGUUUGACUAUACUCCACGCAAGGUGUGCGAAGAUUUACGAAAGUUUCUAAUAGCUAUCAGCGCAAAAAGUGUUUUCAUAGUUGGACACGAUCUAGGCGCCACAAUUGGAUGGAUUUUCGCUCAUACCAAUCCCGAAAUGGUGGAGAAGUUUGUCAGUGUUUCAACACCGCAUCCUAAUUUGCUGUGGGAAAGCCUUCCAACUAGUUCUCCAUUCAACCGAAGGUGGCUUGAAUUUGUACAGUUACCAUACCUUCCAGAAAUGGAGAUGAAGCAUAAUGCAGAACGAAUGUUAAAGAAAUGUUACCCUCAUAUUGCAAAAGAGAAGAUGUGCAUGACUGAAACGAAUGGAACUGUGAUAAAUAAUAUGAUGGAGGCAUACAAGUACAUGUUUAGCCAAACCGACGAUUGGAGAGGCCCUCUGCACUAUUAUCGUAAUUUUUGCUUUUAUCGCGUAAAAGAAGGCGAAACUUUACAGUGUCCUUGCUUGAUCAUAACCGGCAAUGAUGAUAGAUUCUAUAAACUGGAAUCUGUGGUUAAAAGUUCCGAUUUCUGUGAAAAUUUUAUUAUCAAAAUCAUUGAACAAUCAGGUAGGGCACCGCACCAGGAAAUGUCCUCGGAGUUUAAUAGUACAUUGCUGAAAUUUUUGAUAGGCAAGCGUAUGCUGGUGCGAUCAUCAGAAAAUGCUAAUCCGACACCGACACGUGGGCUGGUAGGAAGAGUCUUUGGAGGAUUCGGAGCGGUAGCGAACAACACAGUAAAAUUGGGCAGCAACUUGAGGGAUGGAUACACAUUUGCGACUGGCUUAAACAGUGUGCCCAACUUUAUGAUAAAGAGCUGAAACAUACUUAACGUCUUUCGAACUGCGUUUUCUUGUGGAUUGGUGUGUGCAUUUUAAAAGGUGUAUUCUUUUUUGACAAAAUAUACGCGAUG